GGAACUGCAGCAAUGAAAGGCUGUGUUGUUCUCACCAUAAUCUGGUUAACCUUUUCUUCUGUGAAAAGGACAAGCAGUACUUCUCUGCCUCCAGUCACAGCUUCUGACUCUGCAUUUACACCAAGUGAAGACACUUCUGAAGGAACUACAUCAUAUCCAGGAGGAACCCUUCCAAGUCCACAAGGAACUCUUGACUCUUCACCAUCACUUCCUAAUGGAGGUCCUAGCUCUUCCUCUCUACCUCCUGUAAAAACCUCUGGCUCUCCAUCUCCAGAGACAACUACAUCAGGAGGAACCUCUCUGACUCCAGAAGGAACUCUUGACUCCUCACCUUCACCUCCUGAAGGAGGUCCUACCUCUUCACCUCUACCUCCGGAAGAAACUUCUGGCUCUCCAUCUCUAGAAGCAACUACACCAGCUCCUGAAAAAACUUCUGAAAGAGCUACAUCCUCAUAUCCAGGAGGAACCUCUUUGACUCCUACUUCUUCACCUCUACCUCCGGGAGAAACCUCUCGCUCUCCAUCUCCAGAAACAACUACAUCAGAACAUGUUACUUGCAAUAGUCAGUCAUGUAAAUAUGGAGCUAUAUGUGUCAGCCUGAACCAAAACUUUUUCUGCAAGUGUCCUUAUGGGUAUUACUAUUCUCUACAAGGUUGCCAGUUGGGAAAAGUAUUCCCAGGAGAAAUUGGUCUGCAAAAACAGUAUGAUCCUAGCAUGAAAGAUGUGCAAUCUCCACAGUAUGCAGAAGUAUACCACAACGUCACUAAUUUCUUCAAUGAAAGAUUUAAAGAUGAGGAAACCUACAAAGAAACACUCCUUCUUGACAUAAUACCAUCACCAGCAACAUUAGAAAAGCUUAGUAAGGCUGAAGGAACUAUUGCUGUAACAAUAAUCAAUAUGUUUGAAGCAAGCACAAAUUUAACAAGUGUGGCUGUGGCAGAACUCAUAACAAACAAAACUUGUGGUGGUGUCAUCAUUUGCAACUCCUUCAAAGCUGUACCACAGUGUGAUGUUUAUGGUUGCGAUAAAGACACGACUGACUGCAGUGAACCAACUCACAACUCUUUUCCAACCUGUUACUGUAAAACCGGUCUUGAUAAGAAGAAACCUGAUGAUAAAACUUGUUUACUUUGUAAUGCUACAGUGUGUUCUCCAAAGGAAAACAAAUAUUGCUCAGUGAAUGCUAAACAAGUCCCAGUGUGCCAAUGUUUGGUUGGUUAUCAAAACCAGGAUGGCUAUUGUCAGAAGUGUAGUUUUGGCUACUCUGGAGAAGACUGUAAAGACAAUUAUCUGGCAGUCCUUGUGGGAGUGGCCGUUGCAUGUGGGUUUGUUAUUGUGGUCUUAAUUGGAGUUCUCAUUUACAGAUGCCUCAGAGAAAACAGGGAGCCUAAGCCUGAAAGUAAGAGUUUGUUAAGCCAUGAUUAUUCAACCAUCGGUAAUACCUCUGAAAGCGGCUCUGCCCCAAACACAGUUAUAAAUGAGAGAAUUUUUCCUCGAGUCCAAAUAAGAAGCCCUGAACAGGUUAACAAAACAAACACAGCUGACAGAGGACACCAGGAAAAAAUCAGCCACGAUGCAGGAGUAUUAAACAAAUCUUACCUUCCUGAGCGAGACUAUGAUGAUGAUAACAAUCCCUGGCUUGAAAUGUCAUCAAGAGACAGAAUGUAAGUCCAGCUGAAAAGAGACUGUGAAUACAUGUAAGUUUCAACUCUGCUGAGGAACCAACACACCUUUGCUCUGCAGCUUCUCCAGCCUUUCUGUGACAUUGCUAUGUGGCAAUCAGAGUGCUUAACAUAUGGAUGAAUCCCACUACAGUAAUUCUCUUUGGAAAAUGUGCCAGAGGAUUUGAUAGAACUUCACAUAUCUUUGCUGCUGUUAAAAUGGAGUGGGGGCAGGGGAGAAAUACAGCUCCAGGCUAUGUUAUCAAUGACAUUUGGAAAUCUUCUGCCAUAUUGGACAUCCAGGAUACCAUAGAAGAAGAAGAAGCAGAAGAAGCAAAAAGAUGCUAGUACUUUGUCUGCAAUAUUGUCUAAUAGUUGGGAUUUGGCCUUAUUGUAACUUGAGUCAGGAUUGUUGCUUAACAUUUAGGACCAUUGCUUGCCACAGGAUUCUAAUGGCUGCCAUUUGGUUCCAUUGAAACAUAUAUUUAAAGUUCCAGACAAAGGCUGUGCUCAUAUCUUUACAAGCUGUGAAAUUUACUACCUGUUUGCCCUAGGUAUGAGAAUUUUUGGAUACUUCAUUUGCAAAAUGAAGUAACAGGGCAGGCACUUCUCAAUGGAAAAUUCGAUGUGCAGGGUUUUUAUUGCUUAAGUAAUUUAUGUAACAGCCAUUCAGACAGGGUCUUAAUUGAGCAUUUAACAUCAGGGGAUGCUAUUCAUGCUGCUUCUAUAUAAACAAUGAUCAUCAUCUUACCUUUUUGCUUUGAGAAUUCAGCACCAGCAACAAGAUGUUCUUUUGUGAUUUAAAAUUUUCUUCUUCCCACUAGACUAGAGAAAUUGCAUGUGCAGAGACAUUGAAAUUUUAUCCACACUUGGCUGGGGAAAUCAAUCCCAUUGUGCUUAGUGGGAUUUACUUGAGAGUAGACCUGCCUAGGCUUUUGAUUCCAGAGAUGUAUAGUGCAAUCCAAACAACUGGUCUACUCAGAAAAAAGCCUCUGGACUUUCCCUUGUGCUCCUUUAAGGCCAUAAUUCUAAGUUUGGGAUUCUGCAGAUUUAUAAGUCUUACUUCUGAGUAGAUCUAUUUAGGAUUGUGUUAGAUUGGACUGUAAUGUGAAGCAAGUCAGCCUCAUUUCUUUUUUUUUCUGCAUAAAAGGUCUAUAUAUGUAUCCUAUGCUAUUUUAAAGUCUAGGUCCUUAAAUGUAGAAACAACCAAUAAAUGUAUUUAUAUGUAUUUGUAACUGGAAAAGAAAAAAGAAAGAAAAAUAAACAUAAUUGA